AUGAAUAUCCAGUCGCAGCUUGGUGAAGAUGUUCAUAAUACAACAUUGUCCGAGUCCACCAUUUGUUUCCCAGCUCCCAGCCACAAAUUGCCUCAGCUGAAAUUGCCCACAUUUAGUGGUAAGUACAGUGAGUACAAAAAUUUCAUUACGUCGUUCAAUCAAGUUAUCGAUCGCGAGUUUGGCCUAUCAAAUAUUGAAAAGUUUAAUCAUUUACUCAACUGCCUCCAAGGCCAAGCUCUAGAAACGGUCAAGGCUUUCCAGAUUACGAACGAAAAUUACCCGAAGGCUCUGGAAAGGCUCAAAACGCGUUAUGAUAAUAGCUCGCUUAUUUUUAUGGAAAAUAUUACCGUCCUUUUUGAACUUCCUGCCAUGUCCAAAUACAAUUGUGCCCAAUUACGAAGUCUCGUCGAUAAUGUUUCUGCCCUUUAUAGUUCCUUACUGUCUCUUGGCUCACAUAGUGAUAUUGCUAAUUCCAUGCUGAUUUACAUAGUGAUGGAAAAAGUGGAUGAAGGUACCAGAAGAAAGUGGAAAGAUUCCUUGGACUUUACCAGAUUGCCAACAUGGGAUGUUUGCUCCAAGGUCCUUGAAAGGCGUUGUCAAUUUUUGGAAUCGGUUGAUACCAACCAUACUUUUGUGGCCCCUCGUAAGCCUGAUCAUCAAUCUGGUAAGUCCAAAUCUAAAAAUUCAAAACCUGGCUAUACUUUUUCGGUAUCAAAACGCUCUUGUGUGCUUUGCUCCAAAUCUGACCACUCAAUUAGUCGUUGUUCUCGGUUCAAAGAUAUGGAUGUUAGUCAAAGGUAUGAAAAUGCAAAACGUCUAAGCCUUUGUCUAAAUUGUUUGUCCAAAGGGCAUCAAGUAAGUAGUUGUUCCUCCACAUUCAAGUGCAAAUUUUGUUCUCGCUCGCAUCAUAGUUUGCUUCAUCGGUCUCAGCCAGCUUCUCGGCCCUCGUCCCCUGCUGCUGAACCUACUACUUCUCAUGUUGCCUUGAAUGAAUCUUCUGCCUCGGUCCAUACCCAUAUGGAAAAAUCCUCGCCGGAACAGGUGCUGCUUGCUACUGCCAUGGUUCUAGUUCGUGACUCCACUGGUCGCUAUCAAUUGGGACGCGCUUUGUUAGAUUCUUGCUCUCAAUUGAAUUUCAUAACCGAUGAAUUUUCCCAAAAAUUACAUUUGCCUCGUACAAAACAAACUACUGAAGUCUCUAGCAUUGGUAACACUCUUAGCAAAUCUAAAUAUAGGUCGUCCACAAAUGUAAAAUCUCGAGUCACAGAUUUUGAAGUUUCGCUCUCAUUUUGUGUCACACCUCAUAUUUCAUAUCAACCUGAUAAUGAAUUAGAUGUCUCAUCCUGGAAUUUGCCCCCAAAUACUGAACUUGCGGAUGAAAACUUCUUCAAAUCAAAACGAAUUGAUUUACUUAUUGGUACUGAAACGUUUUUCGACAUUUUAGCAGUUGGUCAAAUAAAACUUGGCCCUAAUUUGCCUAAAUUACACAAAACACUUUUCGGAUGGAUUGUAGCAGGUCGUUAUGUAUCAAAACAACCCAAUAUUUGUGGCUCUUCUUGUAUGCUCUCGAUAGAAGAAGAUAUUGAUCUUAAAUUACAGCGCUUGUGGGAAAUCGAUGAAGUUCAAUCUGGCUCAAAUGAUUUGACACCAGAACAAUCUGAAUGUGAAACAUUUUUCAAUGAUACUGUUCAUCGUGAAUCUUCUGGUAGGAUUGUUGUUAAAUUGCCCUUCAAGGAAUCUCCUGACGCUUUAGGUCUUUCUCGAAAUAUGGCUCUUAAAAGAUUUGUAUCUCAAGAGAGACGAUUUGCUCGUGACAGCAAUCUUAAAUCACAAUAUGUUGCUUUUAUGAAGGAGUAUGAAGAUUUUGGACAUAUGAGUCUAGUUCGUAGCCCUCGUCUACACGAGCCUCAUUAUUUCAUCCCUCACCAUUGCGUUUUCAAACCAAGUAGCACUUCCACAAAGUUAAGAGUUGUUUUCGAUGCCUCGUGUCCAUCAUCGUCCCAGAAGUCUCUCAAUGAUCUUCUUAUGGUUGGCCCAACAAUUCAAGAUGAGCUGUAUAAAAUUUUACUUCGGUUCCGUCUUCAUCGCUUCGCUCUUACUGCCGAUAUAGUAAAAAUGUAUCGACAAGUCCUUAUUGACUCCCAAGAUAGAAAAUUCCAAUAUAUUUUGUGGAGAAAUUCAGAAGAGGAAGAAAUUCGAACAUAUCACCUAAAUACAGUCACCUAUGGAAUGUCAGCUGAGCCCUACCUUGCCAUCAAAAGCCUUCACUAUCUCGCAGACCAAUACAUUGACCAAUUCGAACUUGGUGCAAAAACCAUUAAGUCAUCAUUUUACGAUGAUGAUUUUCUUUGUGGCUCAGAUACGCUUGAAGAAUUGUCUCGUAUGAAGCAGGAGGUUAAUGAAAUUCUAAUUCAUGGUUCGUUUCAAUUAGAUAAGUGGCACUCUAAUCAUAGAGAUUUUCAGGACGACAAAACUGUCAAAGACCUUAAUAUUGAAGAUUCUGCAGUAACUAGCGCUCUUGGUAUCUCUUGGGACCAGUGA